CUCCUCGGAGUGCAGCAGCAGCAUCCUCAGCAGCAGCAUGGUGCCAGCCAUCCUGCUCGUUUUGGCUGUCACAGCAGUCUGCAAUGGUAUCCUUCCUGAGAUAGUGGACCCGGGCAUUAGUCACAUCCUGGAGGAUGACUCUGCACAGGGACAAGCGGAGCCGGACAGCGUGUUUGUGGAAGUGGAGCAGCUGCCAGAGGAUCCACAGCAAAAGCCUGAGGACUCGUUUCACCAAAUAAAUGAGGAGAACUCUCAGUCGAGUCUUCACAAUGCAAAUGCUUCUGAUAAAGUGACUGAUAAAGACCAGGAGACAAACAACAUUACCACAGUUGACAGUUCUAACGACCUGGAGAACAGAGUCGAUCACGGAUGCAUCAGUGAUGAUGACUGUGGGAAGGGAAGGUACUGCCUUCACGACCCACAUAAUGCCAAGUGUCUGCCAUGUAAAGCGCUCGAUAUGUCCUGCACUAAGGAUGCAGAGUGCUGUGGUGAACAGCUCUGUGUGUGGGGCCAGUGCAGCCAAAAUGCAACCAAGGGAGAGGCCGGAAGCACUUGUCAAUACCAGACUGACUGCAGCCCAGACCUCUGCUGUGCUUUCCAUAACGUCCUCCUCUUCCCCGUCUGUUCGGCCAAGCCUAUUGAACGUGAGCGCUGCUUUGGUCCCUCAAACCACCUGACUGAGUUGUUGUCCUGGGGCCCGCAAGAUGAGGGACCCAGGAAAUAUUGCCCCUGUGCAGGAGAUCUCCACUGUCAAGACCUGGGACGAGGGUCAAUGUGCCUGAAAGGAGAGGACUCGAGUGAAGAGGACCUGACUGACACUCUGUACUCAGAGAUAGACUACAUACUUUAGGCUUGGCUCGAUUUAUUAACAUUGCCUUGUAAAAAGCUAGACAGACUUCUGAGCUUUUUUCUUUUUUCUUUGCAAAGAGCACUUUCUAUUUGCCGGCUUCAGUCAAAGCAGUAAAUAUUUAGGACAUGGGAAAUGGAUGGCAGUAUAUGUAGACUAAAAUUUUAGAAAUACAGACAGAUGGCACAUGAAAGGAAAAAAACUGGCGGCUUAUCCAAACUUGACUCAGCUGGUAUUUGGAUGACUUUAACCAUUGACCUCCGUAGAAGAAAAACGCCACAGCGAGUGUCCAAAGCAAAAAGCAAGCCACAGACUGAGGAGCUAGUUGUGUCAUCGGCAUGUUGUUUGAUGAUUCUUUAAUCUUUGUAAGGGAAUUCUGGGCAAGAGGCACUUGAAGGCAGCCACUUUGUAAAAAAAACUACUUGGCAAGUCCUUUGAUGCAGCUUCAUUUCUUUGUUGUUGCAGUCAUCACAGUGGGGUGAUGAAGUGGCUGCCCCCCUGUUUUGCUGGCAUGGCUCAGGUCCCCUUGGAUUGUCGGGUUGCUCAAAAUCAAUAUGAAUUUGUUUGUAUAAUCUCCUUUAUCCUAGGAUGAAACAUGUCCACCAUGAUGGGAGUGGUUCUCUUACUGUUCAUAGUUUACAGGGGGAAGGCUGAAAUAUGAAAAUGAUGUGAAUCAGAUGCAGUGGCCUCUGCAGUCUCCAGACUGUGGGAGAUUUUGAACCAUCACUUCAACAAGGAGGGAUUGCUUGGAAGAACUGAACAUGAUUUUUUUGAGAUAGAGACGUUAAAUUAUCUGGUGAUUAGACUCCGACAGCCCAUCGUGGCAGAAUGGAAUCCCAGCGGUGAUAGGAUUUAGGGCAGGACCCCCAAAAGUCUAGACCCUGGUGGUGGCGAAGAUGAAGACGAAGCUUGGUUGGAGCACUGACUGAGGUGUCUGUAAGGUGGAAAUGGAGUGGUUGCACAAAUGAGAGUCUGAAAGGGAGCAUGACAGAGAGCAGUUUUAAAUCACGGAAAGUGGAGGUUGAUUGGCUCAAAGAAGGCAGACAAGAAGAUGAUUGGACUAGAGGGAGUGAUGCAGAGAACAAAAAGCAGCCUAACACCCCGGAAAGCAGGUUGAUGAGUGAUUACAGAUCUUCCUUAUUGAAGUUUCAUGUUAGGCUUUCCAUCAUCAUUUAAAUACUAAACGAGGGAAUAACUUUUGGGAAGAUGUUUCAUCCCUGCAGCAGAGCUCCGGAGAUCUCAGGGCACGCUGAGGCUGUUCUGGUUGGUCAUGUGGUCAUCUAAACAGAACGGCCCUAUUGUGGUUUUGCCUUUAAUUUGUCAUUCUUCUGUAUGUAAAUCGUGAUGAAAGAAAAAACAGGAAGACUGUGUGUUUGCAGGCCUGUCUUGAAACGACAAUUUACUUUCUUACCCUCGAUAACAAGAUAAAAAUAACUCUAGACUCUAUAAGCUGCUCACUUCGCUGAUUAUAUCUGUGAUCACAUCAUCUGAUCACAGCAGAUUGGAGUUGCUUCAUGCACUGUAUGAAAAAUAAAACAGUAGGCAUGUAGUUAGAACUGCUCUGCGUAUAAUGCUCGCAUAUUUCAGUAUGUGGGUUUUUCUAUUUCUGCUAACAUUUCAAUAACUGCUGCCAAUGACUGUUUCACAUCUAAGAAGCUUGUUUACUUUUCUAACUGUAGCUGCUUGAAACUUGUACUUGUUUCUUAAGUUGAGAAAGUUUUUUUCCCCCCACAGAUGCGUUUUUCUCACAACCUAGCCCUCAACAUUUACAUUGCAGAGUUGACAUAGAACAUAACCCAAUGUUUUUGUGGUCUAUAUUAUACAGUUGUUCCUUUCUUUGAUGAAUCCAUGGUGAAAUGUUACCUGUGAGAUGCUAAAUUAAACUGAAGUGAUGCUGUGUGUUCAGGUCAUCUGAGCAGAAUACACAGAAACUAGGAAAACAAAAAAUGUACAGUCUCAUGCAGUCAAGUUGCCCUGCAAAUCAUUUUGCUGGGAGUGUUAUACAUACUGAAUAUUAAUUACACCAAAAACUGAAGUACCGUACUGCUUCCUAGUAUGGGAUUCAUAGCAAAAUGCCAUGUAAUCAAUAAACUGAUAAACCACAAUCAACUGUACUUCAUAAUCGCUCAUUCACCAAGUACAAAAACCUGAGCUCAGGAGGGAAAGCAACUUUUUUUUUCUCCUCUUUUCUCUAACUAUUUGAAGGUUGCAACUACCCU